AUGCAUAUUAAAAAAAUUAUCUAUUUACUCACAUUAUCUUUCAAACUUCCAUUUAUUUAUGGUUUAAUCUCACCAAAUAAGCUUUUAAAAGGGAAUGUAUCAUUUAUAAAUUCUUCUAAAACCUAUAUUUUCCCGGGCAAACACAAACCUACACACAACAAUGUAACCCUCUCUGGAAUCCAGCCUACUGGUGAAAUACACAUCGGUAAUUACAUAGGAUGUAUUAGUCCUUGCUUAAAAUACCAAAAAUUACACAGUGAUUUGAAUGUUAUGAUCGCAGAUAAUCAUGCAAUAUCAGGACUGAAGUCAAACGAUAAUUUGAAAAAAUAUAUAAGGAGUACCAUCGCACUUUCAAUCGCAUCUGGAAUUAAUCCAGAGAAAACUAGAAUAUUUGUACAGAGCCAGUUCCCACAGAUUCUGGAACUAAACUGGUUACUAGGUUCCGUUGUGAGAACAGGGAAAUUUUAUAAAAUAGCACAGUUUCGUAAUAGACAAAUAAAAGUAUCCAAGGAAAAUCUUGCAACUUUUUUGUACCCACUACUGAUGUCCUCGGAUAUAUUUGCCUUGAAUGCCAGUAGUAUAAUCGCAGGGCCUGACCAAAGAAUCCAUUUAACACUCGCUCGAUAUGUCGCAAGAAAAUUAAAUCGCUAUCUCGACACAAAUUACUUUAUUGUUCCACAAAUGGUAAAAGGAUUCACUUACAAGGUCAAAUCGCUAUCGAACGGGAGGAAGAAGAUGUCGAAGUCUUCAGAGCUAAAAUAUGAUACAAUUAAUAUGCUCGACACCGAUGACGAUAUUUAUAGAAAGAUAAAGAACGCAAAGACUCAGAGUUCUGAAGACGUUAUGACUCCUGAGACAAGCAACCUACUUCACCUAUACAGUUUCUUCUCCAAUAAGCCAUACCCUGAACUUGUCAAAAAUACCGACUUAUCAAAGUUGUUUGAUUUGAAAAUGAACUUGGCAGACUCUAUUAUAGAUUUUCUGAAACCAAUUAAGAUGUUUGUUUUGGAUAUUUCAUUUAAAUUUAGGAAAUAUUACGAAAUCAUAGGGGAUGAUAAACUCUUUGACCAGAUACUUUCCAAGUCAAAUGAAUACCUUUCACCAAAGCUGAAUAGAAGAAUUAAGGUUAGUCCAAUUUCAACAACGUUUUCCAGGAAAUUAAAAGUCUUUUCAACCUCUAAACUCCUAAUGUACUACUUAAUAAUUAUAUGA